UUCAAUAUACAAAACUUCAAUAUUUUCAAAACCUCAAAAUAAUCGUAGGUCAUCAUCUUUUUUUGUGAGGCGAAGAUACAGCAUAUAUUUUUUCAUACUUUUUGCUGGUUUUAUCAAGGCAGAUUCGGCUAUUCUAGAAUCUAGUCUGCAAUUUCAUUUACUCUCCAUCAACAAAUUUGAUUUGGACAAAUAUCCUAAUAUGAUUGCUGCUUCCCAACACAAAAUGUCGCCGCUAACUUUUAAUCAAAGCUCCGCAGCCCUCGUAGAUCCUACACAACGUUUCCGAUUCCUUAAAUGUGUGGCGAUAGCAAAAUUAUUUGAUAGUAUGCAGCAGAGAUUUUCAUUGUUUCUAAAUGGACUUGUUUGCUUUGAACCAGAGUCUGAGAAUGUAAAAACACCACACAACCUGUUCAGCUGGUCCUCGAAAGAUUUCAUUAAAAGACGACAAAAGUCGAAUAUGUUUUGGUUCAACGUAUUUACAACGGAAUUGUCGCGAGCCUGUUUGGAAAUACGAAAACUCCAAGUAGACAUGAGCGAAGUAAUGAAACUCACAAAAUUGGUAUAUGACGAUUACAGAGGACUCGAGGUAAAUCUGGCGGAGAGUUUAAAAGCCGCGAACGACUUCCUCAGGUUUACUGAUAAACUCGAAAAUGAAUUGGAAGAUAGUUUGGAGGCGGAAUAUCAGUUAUCUGCUGCUUAUUUUGCAAAAGCCCUCCCGACAGAGGAACAAGAAGAGUGUAAUGAAAGAAUUAGUGAGCUGGAAUAUGUCUUGUUUGAAGCCGAUGUUCAUCUUCCUAUAAAAUUGCGCUACCAACUGCGCUACUAUAAUCAUAAUGUCGAGCAAUUCGAGGACAAACAAUUAAUCGAACAGAAUGCAAUUAAAAAGCAAAUCGAACAAAUUGAAAAACAAAUGCGUACGGAGAGUUAUUGCUCACAGUGUACGGUGGAUGCGCUCUAUGCAGAAACGAAUAAAUUCAGGAGCCGCAUCGAGGAGAUGGGCGUUCGGUUUGCCAAGGAGCACGACGAUUUGGAAAAUCAAAUAGCUUACAAACGCACGAAUAUGGAUAAAAUGCGUACACAGCGAAGUUAUCUGGAAGAGCAAAUUCAUCGUUUUAAGGAAGAGAUCGCCCACUUACGUUUGAUGGAAAUCAAAGAAGCUGAGCAAUUGCAGCGUGCGAGGGAGGAGAGAGAGAUGGAAAACGAAGCUAAAUUGCUGGGAAAGAAGAAGAAGGAUCAACGAAAGCAGAUAAAAAAGAAGAAAUAGAUAUCACUCGCAAAUAUAAUUUCCAGCUUUGGUUCUGUAUAAUAGGUGUUAUACGCUAGCUUUUAUAAUAAACUA